AUGUUAUCAUUUCCAUUGUCUCUUCCCUUCGUUUUCUUUAAAUCUACUUCAAAGAAGAAAGCUGAUGAAAAUACUGAUAAGAAUGAAUUCAAAUUUAAAUUUAAAGAAGCUGAUAACGAUUUUUUGGAUAUUUCUUUGACCAGCAAGGCUUUAAAGGACAAGAAUUUAAAGACACACUCGUAUCAGAGAGAUGUUGAUGACGAAGUAGACAUUUCUGUCAGUGAAAUGAUAGAAUUUCAAAAAAAGGCUUCAUCUAGUAGUUUGAGGAAAGACCGUAGAGACUCUUCCUCUUUGGACAAGAAAUUAAAUGAAAUCCGAACAGGGACCUACAAUAAGGAUUUGGAUACUAUUCUUUUGCAUCAGACUACAUACGAUGACCAAGUCUUAGACCCUAUAGAUGAAAUGAAAUAUGACCCAAAAUUAUCGCGCAAAAUAAAGGUCGACAAAAGGAGAGCCAAACAUAUGUUGUUUUCAAAGGCAUAG